AUGGGUUUGGCGGUAAGCGAGGGCAAGACGAAGUAUAUGCUGUCGACAAGCAGGGAAACGCGGCGCCUAGACUCCCAUGUGGUACCAGACAGCUAUACGUUCGAAGUGGUCAAGGAGUUCACGUACCUUGGCACUGCCAUUAAUACCAAAAACGACGUCAGCCUGGAGAUCAAGCGAAGAAUCACACUUGCCAAUAGGUGCUACUUUGGUCUGAAAGCAUGGGUAGUGUCAAUCACAGAUGCAGCAGCGCUUGGGGUGUUCGAGAGAAAAAUUCUUCGCAAGAUCUUCGGUCCCGUUCGGAUUGGGGACGACUUUCGCAUUCGGAUGAACCACGAGCUGUACGAGUUGUACGACGACGUAGACGUGGUAAGGCGCAUCACGAUACAACGUCUGCGCUGGCUCGGCCACGUUGUGCGUAUGGAUGAAGAAUCUCCAGCUCAGAAGGUAUUCGAAGCGAGAGUCGACUACGGGCGACGACGAAGGGGACGACCAAAUCUUCGAUGGAAGGACCAAGGACCGCAGUCGAAGAUGAUCAAGGAAGAAAAACUAAAGUCCGAAGAGUUGCCCAAGUUGCCGAAGUUAAAAGUGGUGCCCAUGUAG